CUUCUUUGAAUCAGUUACCAAAGCAUCGAUGUGCUGCUCCUAGCGUCGUCACCUUGCAAGCACGGAAGUCACCUUCCAACCUCUGCGACUUUCUGCCCCUGUCAUUAGCUACUAUACCAUUGAGUCCAGUGCUCAUUUACAGGUUAAAGGCAUUGCCUCAUUCUAACAAACAUAUCGUGUGUGAAAGAUUGUGUAUUUGAUUCAGCGUUCACUGUCAAAAUUCUGCGGUCCACUGAUCGGUGUUGGUCAUAAGGGAGGAGGAGCAGGCGCGAGUCCACACCGCUCAUCGCUGAUCAUUGUAGCCUACCGAGCUAGAGGUCUACUCUGCGUCCGUGUGUGGAAUUAACCCAGCGCACAGACUGGCUGGUGAUGAGGUUCGUCGUGUACACUCGACAGAGCAUUGACAGAAUCCCUCUCGAGCUGAAGAAACCGCCCCAAUAAGGACACAGGCAAGAGGGGAAGAGCAACCGAAGAGCUGGUCUCGGCUGGAACGCUGUCAUUUCUGCAAGAAUGCAUCUCUUCAGUGCCAUGUUCCUACUAGUGAUGUUAGCUGCCAUGUCCAGUGAGGCUAUCUAUCCUAGCCCAGAGGAGGGCUGGCAGAUCUACAGUUCAGCUCAGGAUGCAGAUGGGAAGUGUAUCUGUACAGUGGUGGCCCCGGCGCAGAACAUGUGUAACCGAGACCCACGCAGUCGGCAGCUCCGCCAGCUCAUGGAGAAGGUCCAGAACAUCACCCAGUCCAUGGAGUUGCUGGACCUGCGGACCAACAGGGACCUUCAGUAUGUGAGGAACACAGAGAGCCUGAUGAAGGCUGUAGACGUCAAGCUGAAGACUGCCUCAGACAACCCCCGAAGCCUCAACCCCAAGAGCUUACAGGAUUUGAAGGACAAGGUGACCCAGCUGCUCCCCCUACUGCCGGUGUUGGAGCAGUACAAGACAGAUGCCCGUCAGAUCAGCCGGGUGAGGGAGGAGGUGAGGAACCUGUCUCUGGUGCUCAUGGCCAUCCAGGAGGAGAUGGGAGCCUACGACUACGAGGAGCUGAGACACAGGGUCCUGCUGCUGGAGACCAGGCUCCACUCCUGCAUGCAGAAACUGGGCUGUGGGAAGUUGACCGGCGUCAGUAACCCCAUCACCAUCCGUGCGUCAGGGUCAAGGUUCGGCUCCUGGAUGACUGACACCAUGAUCCCUAGUUCAGACAACCGGGUGUGGUCCAUGGACGGCUACUUUAAAGGUCGUCGUGUCCUGGAGUACCGCACCCUAAACGACUUCAUGAAAGGCCAGAACUUCGUUCAGCACCUGCUGCCCCACCCCUGGGCGGGGACCGGCCACGUGGUCUACAACGGCUCUCUGUACUACAACAAGUACCAGAGCAACAUCAUCAUCAAGUACCACUUCAGGUCCCGCAGUGUUCUGGUGCAGCGCAGUCUCAGUGGGGCCGGCUACAACAACACCUUCCCCUACUCCUGGGGAGGCUCCUCAGACAUCGACCUGAUGGCAGACGAGAACGGCCUGUGGGCCGUCUACACCACCAUCCCCAACGCCGGCAACAUCGUCAUCAGCCGCCUGGAGCCGCAGAGCCUGGAGGUGCUGCAGACGUGGGACACAGGGUUCCCCAAGCGCAGCGCCGGAGAGUCUUUCAUGAUCUGUAGCACGCUGUACGUCACCAACUCCCACCUGGCCGGGGCUAAGAUCUACUUCGCCUACUACACCAACUCCUCUAGCUACGAAUACACAGACAUCCCCUUCCACAACCAGUACUCCCACAUUUCCAUGAUGGACUAUAACCCCAGGGAGAGGGUGCUGUACACCUGGAACAAUGGACACCAGGUGCUCUACAACGUCACUCUGUUCCAGGUCAUUAAGACUGCUGGGGACUAGAGACACCAGGGGUGGCUGGUGUGAUUUUACAUCGGAGGACGGGCCUAUUGUAAUGGUCGGAAUGGAAUGAAUAGAACGAUAUCAAACAAGCCUUCCAUUGAUUCCAUUCCAGUCAUUACAAUGAGCCGUCCUCCGUUCACAAGCAUCCAGAGACACCCAGAGCUAGCCUGGUCUCGGGUCUGUUGUGCUGUCUUGACAACUCCUAGUGUGACAUUGACCAUAUGUGUUGGAAAGAUAGCACAGAUCUGGGACCAGGCUAACCCAGCAGCAGAGGGGGGGGCGGCGGGGGUGCAGACAGAUGGACGGAAGGAGGCUUGGACUUUUUUAAAGCAUUUCAAUCUUCUUCAUAGACUGCUGUUAUUCAUUCAGAAAAAUACAGUCCAACAGCAAGGUCAGUAAAUAUAUACAGACUGGGCGAGACUUUCUGAUUUUCUUUUCUGUGAUGAGUAAGCAUGGUUCUUUUUAUUUGUGAUGAGAAAUAAAUAUCAACCUUUACCAUUUAAAA